UUCUAUUCCAUUCUACUUUUCAGGCUAUAUUUUCUGUGAGUCCUGAUCAAGCGAUACAAAUGUGCUGCAAUGGUUACAUAAAUUAUUGACUAAGACUGGAAAAGUAUCUGAAACACCGUCUUUUCUUUUAUUAUUUUUUUAUGGUGCUUCUAUUAGAACAGUCUGAGCAAACUAUAUACAACAUGAGUUUUAUCAUGAAGCUGCACAGACACUUUCAAAGGACAGUGAUUCUGCUUGCCACAUUUUGCAUGGUGAGCAUUAUUAUUUCUGCUUACUACCUGUACAGUGGCUACAAACAGGAAAAUGAACUCUCUGAGAUGGCUUCUGAAGUAGACUGUGGUGCCUUCCAGCACCUACCAUACAGGUUGAUGGAAGUGAAGACAACGAAGCUUUCUGAUGCCUCGAGGACAGAUCCCACAGUCCUGGUGUUUGUGGAGAGCCAGUACUCAUCGCUUGGUCAAGACAUCAUCAUGAUCCUAGAAUCCAGUAGAUUCCAGUAUCACAUUGAAAUUGCUCCUGGGAAGGGGGAUCUCCCAGCACUUAUAGAAAAAACUCGAGGCAAAUAUAUUCUCAUUAUUUAUGAGAAUAUUUUAAAGUAUAUAAACAUGGACUCUUGGAAUCGAAGCCUUUUAGAUAAAUACUGUGUUGAAUACAGUGUGGGUGUCAUUGGAUUCCACAAAACUAGUGAGAAGAGUCUACAGAGUUUUCAGUUGAAAGGUUUCCCUUUUUCUCUGUAUGGAAACCUUGCAGUAAAAGAUUGCUGUAUUAAUCCUCAUUCUCCAUUGCUUCAUGUGACCAAAUCUUCUAAGCUUGAAAAAGGUUCUUUACCUGGAACUGACUGGACCGUUUUCCAGAUUAAUCACUCAGCCUACCAACCAGUGAUAUUUGCCAAAGUUAAAACUCCAGAAAACCUUUCUCCUCCUAUCCCUAAAGGUGCUUUUCAUGCCACUGUCAUACAUGACCUGGGGCUCCAUGAUGGAGUUCAAAGAGUUCUUUUUGGCAACAACUUGAACUUUUGGCUGCACAAGCUCAUCUUCAUAGAUGCCAUUUCCUUCUUGUCAGGGAAGAGACUAACAUUGUCCUUGGACAGGUACAUUCUUGUGGAUAUUGAUGAUAUUUUUGUGGGAAAGGAAGGAACAAGAAUGAACACCAAUGAUGUUAAGGCCCUGCUUGAUACUCAGAAUCUCUUGCGCACGCAAAUCACAAAUUUUACAUUCAACCUGGGAUUUUCAGGGAAAUUUUACCAUACAGGAACUGAAGAGGAAGAUGAAGGGGAUGACCGUCUUUUGGGGUCUGUUGAUGAGUUCUGGUGGUUUCCACAUAUGUGGAGCCAUAUGCAGCCGCACCUCUUCCAUAAUGAGUCAUCUUUGGUGGAGCAGAUGAUUCUCAACAAAAAAUUUGCCUUAGAGCAUGGCAUCCCCACUGACAUGGGCUAUGCAGUGGCCCCUCACCAUUCUGGUGUCUACCCCGUACACGUGCAGCUCUAUGAGGCCUGGAAGAAGGUUUGGAAUAUUAGAAUCACCAGCACUGAAGAAUAUCCACACCUGAAACCAGCUAGAUAUCGGAGGGGCUUCAUUCACAAGAACAUCAUGGUUCUCCCAAGACAAACCUGUGGGCUUUUCACUCACACAAUUUUUUACAAAGAAUAUCCAGGAGGUCCUAAAGAGCUGGACAAGAGUAUCCAAGGAGGUGAACUUUUCUUCACUGUGGUCCUCAACCCAAUCAGCAUUUUCAUGACCCAUUUGUCCAACUAUGGGAAUGACCGGCUGGGAUUGUAUACAUUUGUUAAUCUGGCAAACUUCGUGCAGAGCUGGACCAACUUGCGACUUCAGACACUGCCGCCAGUGCAGCUGGCUCACAAAUAUUUUGAGCUCUUUCCUGAUCAAAAAGACCCUCUCUGGCAGAAUCCUUGUGAUGACAAACGCCAUAGAGACAUUUGGUCUAAAGAAAAAACCUGUGAUCGCUUACCAAAAUUCUUGGUAAUAGGACCCCAGAAAACUGGAACCACUGCUUUGUAUUUGUUCCUGGUUAUGCAUCCUUCCAUCCUUAGUAACUCCCCCAGCCCAAAAACCUUUGAGGAGGUACAGUUCUUUAAUAGAAAUAACUACCACAGGGGGAUUGAUUGGUAUAUGGAUUUCUUCCCAGUCCCAUCUAAUGUUACCACUGACUUUCUGUUUGAGAAGAGUGCCAAUUACUUCCAUUCAGAGGAAGCUCCUAAAAGAGCGGCUUCUCUGGUCCCUAAAGCCAAGAUCAUCACCAUUCUUAUUGACCCCUCAGACCGAGCAUAUUCCUGGUACCAGCAUCAGCGAUCACAUGAAGACCCUGCAGCUCUGAAGUUCAGCUUCUACGAAGUGAUCUCAGCCGGGCCUCGUGCACCCUCCGAGCUCAGAGCCUUGCAGAAGAGAUGUCUGGUCCCAGGGUGGUAUGCCAGCCACAUCGAGAGAUGGCUUGUUUAUUUCCCUCCCUUUCAGUUGCUAAUUAUCGAUGGGCAACAGCUAAGAACUGAUCCUGCUACAGUGAUGGAUGAAGUACAGAAGUUUCUAGGAGUCUCUCCUCAUUAUAAUUACUCAGAAGCUUUAACGUUUGAUUCUCAUAAAGGAUUCUGGUGUCAGUUACUAGAAGAAGGUAAAACAAAAUGCCUUGGAAAGAGCAAAGGAAGAAAAUACCCUCCAAUGGAUCCUGAUAGCAGAGCGUUCCUAUCCAGCUACUACCGGGACCACAACGUGGAGCUCUCCAAGCUGCUGCACAGACUGGGCCAGCCCCUGCCGUCCUGGCUGAGGCAGGAGCUACAGAAAGUGAGAUAGCACUGAGAGAAAGCUCGAGAAUCCAUCUCCAUGGAACGCUCACCUCUCCCAAACUUCCAGAAGCUACCAAAAAGCGGUUGAAAAAUAUACCUCUUCAAAUGAGAAAACAAGAACAAGGUUCCAUCCAUGUGCUGGCACUUGGAUGAU